AUGAAAGCAGUAAUUGAAAAAGUUAAAGGAAAUAUAUCAGUACAUAGAAUGACUAUAAAGGAUGUAGUAUAAGAAGUUCUGAAGAAGUCUGAUCCUGAAUUCAAUGAUGAUGAAGAAUUGAAUGUAAAAAUAUGAAUAAAAUUUAUUUUACAGAUAAUGGUUUAAUUGUUAAAGAAAUAGCCAACAUAAAGAACAUAAUUGGAUGUGGAUAAAAUUAGAUUGUCUUUCUUUAGAUUUAAGUUUUUUUAGGAGUUGGAAUAAUAAAUGGGAGCAGAAAUGGUUUCUGGACUAUAUAAGCAAUUGAGUUACGAAAUAUCAUAUAGGAGAUAAACCGUUUUCAAUAUAGGGGAUUUGGGCAAAAAAUUUUAUAUAAUUUUGAAAGGAAGUGUUUGGGUAUUAGUUUAAAAGAAAGGGUUGUAAGAUGGAUCAGGUCCUACUGAGGAAGAUCAAAAAUAGGAGUAAGAUCUAAAAGAUGAAAAAAACAAAGAGAUAAUGGAAAAUGUCAGAAGAAAUACAAAGGCUAAAAGUAAGAAAAUGAGGACCUAAGCAUUUAUUACAUAAGUAACAUUAGAUGAUAUCUUUGCUACUAUGACAGAUAAUUAAUUCUUAGAGACUUAAUUUCCUACUUUAUAAAAGGUCGGUUAAAUAAAUUCAGGAGAAAGCUUUGGAGAAAUAGCUUUAACAAAACAAGUUCCAAGAACAGCAACAAUUGUAGCAGCUGAAGAUACUCAUUUUGCCACAGUGACAAGGGAUUAGUUUAAUAAAUUAUUGUCUGCAUAUUAUGAAGCAUAAUAAAAGAUGAAUAUCGGGUUUCUAAGCAAAGUGGCAAUAUUUUCAGACUGGAAUGAUUAAAUGUUAAACUAACUUUACUAUCACUUUAAAUAAGGAGAGAAAAAAUUAUUUUAAAUAAUAUACAAAGAAAAUGAAGAUGCAAAGUAAUCAAUUACUAAAUUAAUUCUAGUUAUAUUUAUUUAUUAAAAUCAGGAGAAGUUGAAUUAUCUAUUAAUAUUGAUUUAAAUUAAUCAUUAUAGGCAUCAAGCAAUCCUGAACUAUCUAAAUUUUUUAUUCAAAAUCAACCUAAAUUACAAUAAGUUAGAAUUUCAAUUAUUACACCUGGAUAAAUCUUUGGACAUGAAGAAGUAUUAGCUGGAAUUAAAAGAGAAUAUAGAGCUAUUAGUAUAAGUUAAAAAAUUGAGUAUUUCUAAUUGGAUAAACAAAGAUUUUUGUAAUACUUUUAAAAAGGAGCAGCAAUAUAAAAAUUAUAAAAAUUUGAUUUAAAAAAAAUAGGUUAAAGAACUAAAUCUCAUAAUAUUAUUAAGUAAAUAAGUAAAAUUCCUCAGCCUAUUGAACAUAGAGAGAUUCCUUUCAUAGAAUAAAUGUUAAAUUAAUCUAACCUAAACAAUUCUCAUUAGAGAAUUAAAAAUCCUACAUAACCUACAGGUUAUUAAAUGCUUUAAGGAAAUGGCCAUAUUAAUCAAGCACAUUAUAAUUUUAGAAAAAAUAUUAAUUUCCUUUUAGCUAAUUUAAAAGAUACAGAAUCUUUAUCUUUGGACAAAGCAUAUUUUCAAAUGGAAGCUAGCAAAGGUUCUUCAAUUAGUAUAAUUAAUAAAGUAUCUUUAAAAUAGUUAUUUAAGAUAUUUCCAGCAGCAGCAAGACCAAAAUAUGUAAUACCUGAUAGUUAAAUUUCGCCAAAAACGAUAAUUAAGUCUUUGAAGUUACCAAAAAUUUUAACCAGAGUUGAGAAAGUAAUGUUCAAUCACGAAAAUUCAGAUUACUUAGACAGUUUCAAGGCAUCAUCUAUACGAGGAUAAUCAUUAAAAACAAUUAUUUGA